AUGCUGGUGAGGAUUACAUUUUUAAGAACAGCAUCAAUUAUCUCAAUUAAUUUUUGUUACAAUAAUGUCCUCAAUACCUUUGUGAAACAUCUGGAUGAAGCGAUGGAAGUAAUAGAUGAAGUCCUGGAUAAAUAUCCAUUAAAGAAUAUAGCAAUAUCAUUCAAUGGCGGGAAAGAUUGCACAAUUUUGCUGCAUCUUUUACGGGUGAAAAUUGAUGAAAGGUUUGGUCUGGACAGAAAAAUUCAAGGAGUGCAUAUUGACUGCGGUGAUUCGUUUUCUGAAAUCAAAGCUUUUAUUAAUGAAGCUUGUGAAAAGUAUCGAGUGGAUCUCUACGAAUAUCCGGGACCAUUAAAAGAAGGGUUGCAAAAGGUAAAAGAAGAAAGACCUGAAAUAUCAGUAAUAUUUAUGGGUAGCCGGUCUACUGAUCCUCAUGGUAUUCAUAUGAAAUCGAAAAAGCUGUGGACAGAUGCUGGUUGGCCGAAGUUUUUGAGGAUUUUCCCGAUUUUGGAUUGGACGUACGAAGAUGUUUGGCGAGCUUUGCGAGGCUUAAAUGUGCCGUACUGCUCUCUGUAUGACGAAGGGUACACGUCUUUGGGAGAUAGGAGUACAACUAGUAAGAACGAUGCACUGAAAGUUGUUGACAGUAGCGGGAAUAUAGUGGGAUACCGACCUGCUUAUGAGCUUCGUAGUAGUGGUUAUGAAAGGUUAGGAAGAAAGGCACGUAAUGAUGAGUGA